UGAUGAAUUUGCGAAGAGUUUAGGUGCUGUGAAAAUUGUAUAUUAUUACAAGCUAUUUGAGAUGUUUGCGCUAUAUUUUAGGAAAUUAAGAACUUUUUCCUUUAUUUAUAUUCAUAGUCAAAUUUCUUAGUUCGUUUAUGUGUACGAUAAUGCAUUUGUUAAAUGGAGAAUUAUCAAUUCAUUAGACAAAUUGCUCAAGGGACUUUUAGUGAAGUGUGGCUUGUCAAAUGCUCCAAAACUAGAAAGAAGUUUGUUUUGAAGCAAAUUGAUCUUCACCAUUUGCCUAAAAGGGAGCAAAGAAGUGCUCAUUUGGAUGCUAAACUGUUGUCCACUGUCAAGCACCCUCAUAUUGCCACCUAUCUGGAUUCAUUCUAUAACAGCAAGGGAAAUCUUUUCAUUGUCAUGUGCUUCUUUGAAAAUGGAGAUUUGUUCACCUUCAUAGAAAAUCAGAAUGAUGUUCAUAUCGAAGAAAAGCAGAUCGUUCACUGGUUUGUUCAAAUGUGUAUGGCUCUAAAGUACCUUCAUGAUCGAAAAAUUCUGCAUCGCAAUUUGAAAACCAAGAGUAUUUUUUUAACAAAAAAUAACCUGAUUAAAAUUGCUGAUUUUGGUAUAUCAAAAGCAUUGAAAGUUACUGAAGAACUGGCUGAGACACUAAUAGGAGUACCUUGCUACUUAAGUCCAGAAACAUAUGCUGGAAAAAAUAUCAGUGAAAAGUCGGAUGUCUGGGCACUAGGUUGUUGUAUGUACGAAUUAGCUGCACUGAAGUAUGCAUUUGAUGCUCAUAGCUUGUUGGUGUCCAAGAGCAUUUUUGUGAAAGAAAAACUGGCUUUGAUAUCUGGUAUUUAUUCUUCAAACCUGUUGGAUAUUAUUUCCUCAAUGCUUAGUUUUAAUCCAGAAAGUCGACCAAGUGCUACUGAAUUAUUGUUAACUGACUAUGUACGGAAGCACAUUGUCAUUUUCCUACAAGACACUCCCAGGUCUGCCUCUUCAAAUAGCAAUGUUUCAAAAUCUGAAGAAACUCAAGAAGCUAGAUGCAAAUAUCAUUUAUUACCAUUCAUUAGUAAAGAAGAUGAAAUUAUUGAAUAUGCAGAGAACAACAAUGAUAUUUCAAUCAGGACAAUUCCCGACAUAAAUGGAAAUGGUGAUGGAAAUGACAACAGCCAGCAGAGGGCUAAUGUAACUUUUGACACAAAAUUUAACAUCAAUAAUGGCUAUGCAAUGUGUACAACUUCUUCAGCCAGCAGUUCUGCUAAAAGUGACUUGUCUCUUCAUUAUACAAAAGAAAAUAAAAGCAUAAGAACUCCUUGGCAUUUGCAAAGUGUUAAUUCUUGUGAAAGUUUAGUGCAUACAGCUAAGCAAAAACUAUUAGAAAAGCAAAAAGGUGAAUAUUCUUUUAAGAUUUUAAAUAAUUUGUCAUGCACAUUAGGCAAUUCUAGUAGCAGAAUAUAUGACACACAGCCAAGUAAAAUUCAAUCAUCAAAAACAAAAUAUUUGUGUGAAGCAAGACCUCCAACAUCGGCAGAACUGAGUUGUGAUUCCAAACUGAUGACACCUCCUCUAAAAUCUGAUGUUAGUGGUUUCUUAAAAGAUUUUUCUGAGAAGUACUACAACAACCAUGUCACCUUACCCUACAUAUUUGAUGAAAAAUUUAAGGCUCAUGAACCUCUAACAAGAGGAGAUACAAAAGACUUGAGUAUGUUCAAAUCCCUUCGUCUUCAAAACAAGAAUAUUUCAGCAGAGAUUUUACCAAAGAAAGAUUCUGUGAAUAAUGUUUUUAAACUGAAAACAAUGGAGUGCAAUAAGUUUCAUACAGAUUCGAGAACUCGCCUCAAUCAAUAAACAUUUGGACUGAGCUGGCAUAAUCUACUGCAGAUGAAUGCAACAUUGCUUUUGGAAUUUCCACUACAACACUUUGUCCAUCAGUAUGCUACAAUUAAAUUACAUUGUGUGCUGAACUUUUUAAAACUAUUGGAUCGAAAAACAUUUUGGCUAUGCAUAAUUGGAGAAGAAAUGACAUGCAUUCUGUAUUUUUUUUCCUUUGCAUUCA